AUGUCAUUAAACCAUGAACGACCAUCAAGGUCUAUCAAUUCAGAAUACAAACGCAGCAGCCGACAUACAAACAAUCCAAACAAUGUGACGAAACCAUUGCAAGAAAAAGGAAAAUCCAAAGACACACGCCUUAUCCCCCAUCCUCACCCCGGCCCCCCUUCCCCCCUUCUCCCCUUCGCCCUUUCCAUCUGCUCAUUUCUCAAUCCUCUCCGAAUCGCUGUCACCCGACGUCUACCAGCCAGACCCAUCCUACCCAAUCGCCUCCAAUACGAAAACGGGAAGAUGAUAGUACCUAAAGAUCAACAGUCGCGCACACAGGCACCCUAUGCGCCUCAUCCCCAUCCACAAUAA